UGCCUGCCUGCCCGCCGCCGUCUCCCUCUCCCUGCCGGCUGGGUGCUGAAGUUGGGCGGAUGGCAGCAAACCCGCUCCGCUAGGGACGAGCCGCACCAGCCCUCCCCGGGAUCGCUCAGCGCCAACUGCACGCAGCCGGGCGGGGGUGGCCACUUGGGCACUGAAGUAGCUGAAAUGAGAAAGAGGCAGCAGUCACAAAAUGAAGGAACAUCAGCUGUGUCCCAAGCACCUGGAAACCAAAGGCCCAACAACACAUGUUGCUUUUGUUGGUGCUGUUGCUGCAGCUGUUCAUGCCUCACUGUUAGGAAUGAAGAUAGAGGAGACAAUUCAGGAAGGCCAACACAUACGACCAAAAUGGAGAGUAUCCAAGUCAUAGAAGAAUGCCAAAACCCUACUGCAGAUGAAAUUUUGUCUUGGGCUCAAAAUUUUGACAAGAUGAUGAAAACACCAGCUGGGAGGAACCUUUUCAGAGAGUUUCUUCGAACAGAGUAUAGCGAGGAGAACCUGCUUUUCUGGCUUGCAUGUGAAGAUCUAAAGAAGGAACAGAACAAGAAAGUUAUCGAAGAAAAAGCAAGACUUAUAUACGAAGAUUACAUUUCUAUACUAUCACCAAAAGAGGUUAGUCUUGAUUCCCGGGUGAGAGAAGUGAUCAACAGAAACUUGUUGGAUCCCAGCCCUCACAUGUAUGAAGAUGCCCAACUCCAGAUAUAUACCCUAAUGCACAGAGACUCUUUUCCAAGGUUUUUGAACUCUCAGAUUUAUAAGUCUCUCGUUGAAAGUAUUACAGGCUCUACUUCUGAAACUUAGUUUUCAUUUUCAAACAAAAUACCUUGAUUUUUUUUUUGGUGGGUGGGAUGGAAGAAAAGUAGUUUAAUAACAUCUGGAGCUGGGUUCCUGGAGAACUACAGUUUAGCACUACUCAGGCUACUGUGAAGAAAACAAAUACAUAUUAUGGUCUCUGUCUACAUUUUUACCAAGGUCCUCCUUGCUCGAGAUGGCGUGGGAGGGGAACAAUGGAUUUGCCAAAAUACAUUUGUUUCACACUCCUUUCACCCUACUGCAGUCAAGAUUGCAAUGAUGUAUUUGUAGUUUUAUGAACAGUCUCCUUGUGUAUCCUCACACUGCAUGUGCAAGGUAAAACUGCUUCACUUACCACUUAGUUGUUGCAAUAUUUAAUCCAAUAACAUAAAUUAUAUCUGUAUUUAAAAACUUUUUUUGUGCAAUACAGUCUUAUGGUACAUAGAAACAAUUGCAGCAAACCAGAAAGAGGCUUGCAUUUUUUAACAUCACUAACUGAAAAAAGCCAAUUUUUAAGGUGUAGCAUUACUCAACAUGCUCUACUGAGUACAAUACACUGACUUUUUGAAGCCAAUAUUUCUGUACAGAAAAAAAGAGCUAUUUAUCACUGUUUAUUUAAAAUAAAUCAAGCGGAGGAUUUCUCUGGUUGUUCACUGCCAAAACUGUGGCAUUUUCAUUACAGAGUUUGCAAUGUCAAAAAAAAAAAAAAAAAGAAGAAGAAAAAAAAGCACAAACCACUUAAAGGGAUCCGUAUCUGGGUGACACAAUCUAUGCGCUGAUAUUGUUUAAUUGUUAAAAGAACAAAGAUUUUCAAUGUACAUUUCAGAUGUCAGAUACUGUAACUGAUUUAUUAAAGACUGGCUCUCCAGUUCUAACACUGUUGUAUAAUGUUAUGUACUUCAGAAAAAAAAAAAAAACAAAACAACAAAAAAACCAAACAAAAAAAACCAAACCACAAAACAAAAAAAAAACCACAAAAAGCUUGAUAAUUUAGUUUUUUGAAUAAAGAAAUUUAAUAAAAGAUUGCCUACAUGUAGCAUUUUAGAGCAUUUUAGAACAUUUUGAUGAAUUGCAUCUGUCCUGUAAGAUUUUUUUUUUGGAAAGCUAAAUCCAGUAAAAAGUGUUUUUAAACAAAGUAAUGUUUUACGAGGUGGCGGGUUAAAGAAGACUUAUCUUAGCUUCUAGCCUCAUUGAUUUUGAGUAACUCCUUGAAAACGAGGGGUUUGGAGAGUAAUAUUAAACCAAACUUCAAGGGCUCCUAAACCUACAGUCCUUACCCAAGCAAAAUGCCUACGGAAACGCACCGGGUGUCUUUCCUGGGUAAAGAAUCCCGUACUGAGCCCUUCAUCAGAGCUAAGGCAGCACGGUACUCCCAUCACUUGGCUGCCGUGGUGUUUUUAAUAGGUGUUUGCUUGGCCUUUUUAUCAAAAAAAACGUCCAAUUUUAGGAUGCAUUUUGAUGUUUAAAGAGACAGUGACUCGGAACUUUAAAAAACCCAUCUUCAUACCGACCAUAUACAAGCAAAGUGAGCAUUAGCAUCCCUCACAAACUGCGAAAGAUGUACCAAGAAACAGCUUUGAAUACUCGUUAAAUAUAUAUAUGUAUUUAUGUGUAUAUAUAUAUAUUUAAUACUGACAACUCUGGUCUUACCCUAAGACUUAAGAGGCAAGGUUCUUCUCACUUAAGGUAGGACUAAACAUGGCAUAAGCCCGUUGCUUUUGAUGGGACUGGAAGGUCUGGCAGUUGUGUCCUUGAGUGGAAUCUAGCCCCGACACGCUUGGCUCCGAGCACCCAGUUACUCCUUGCAGGCAGCCUCCGGUGCCGGCUCUCGCUGCAGCCACUGCUGCCGAGGCGGGUCUGCUGCUCGCUGGUAACUGGUAGGAUGCAAGUCUUAGUUUAUCUUCUGGGGCUUUUUUUUUUUUUCCUUUGUUUUACUACCUCUCUUUUUUUUUUUCUUUUUUUUUUUUUUUAAUUUAUUGAACAUGCUUCGAAUAGCAAGUCUGGGGAAUUUUUUAAUCAUUCUUUUUACUUGAAACUUGUGUGCUUUUUUUGGAUAUAUAUACGAACAAUUUAACGAACUGUUUCUUAAACUCAUUUGGUUUUGUAAUUUAUAUAGAAUUCAGGAGAUGAUUAAAAGGGCUAUUCUCUAUUCCCUAUGCAAAUAUUUUAACUGUUGUAGUGUUUGACAAAAUGGGAUCUAAAAAAAAAUCUGCAAAGUGGAAAACAAAUCUGUUUACAGUGGCGUUGCUGACUAUCCUACCAUAUUCAGCACUUUUAAAUAUUGUUAUUUAUGAAAAUGUAGUUUAAAAUGCAAGACAAAAUAUUUAUAAAUGUUUCUUUUAAUAAAUACCUGUUUUGUCUGAAAAUGUUAUUGUGUUAUGACAACUUUAUUCAUGUUGGUUAGCUACUUACCAUUAUGAAUAAAAUAUUCAAUUAUUAUACAGAUAGAAUAAUAGCUAUGAUGUUUACAAAUCCUGAGGGGGGAAAACUCAGUGAGAAAGGACUGCCUCCUUCUACUGUGAAACACUGUUAGAAAAAAUGAUUUUUUUCUGGCUUUUUUUCUUAAUUGGAAUUUAACUAUGGUCCUACAUAUGUCUAGUAUCAUUUGAUUACAGUUCUAUUUACUGUGGUACUAAACAUAUACAGCAUCAUAUAUGUAUAUAUUUACAUAGCGUAAUUUCAAGUUUGUUGGUGUUUGAGGCACAAUACAUUUAGUCCACACCUCUAAACAAUGCGUAAGAGACAAAACUGCAUGCGUAAGUCUUUACAAAUGUAGACUUGAAUAUUCUUAAUGUUACUAUUUGAUGGUGACCUGCUAGUCAUAAGCUAUCUUUAUAAGAUAUUUCACACAGGUAGAAGUUCUUGUCAACAUAGACAAGUCAUCCUUUCAAGGACAGUUUUAAAGCUAAAUGUGUGGGCCCUAAAAUAUUAUCUUGAUUUCUAGCAUAAGAUUCCAAAAUCUGUAUUUGGAAACUGUUACAUCAUUUUGAAAAAUAUUACACCAAUCUUCAGUGUAAUACUGCAAUGAAAUCACGUUCAAAAGUUGUUGUCUUAAAUCCUCUGUUUGGAGGGAUUUAAAAAUUGAACAUAACAUGUGAAGUUUCUUUCUUGGAGCAAAUGCUCACAUUAAAAUGUUUAAUAUACAUUUUAUCUAUCAGUUUGGGUUUCCCAAAUUUUUUUAUGAAAAAAUGGAUAUGGUCCAGAUGGACAGUAAGUCGUGCCGUAACAUGAUCUCAUUGCCUAUCAUACAGUGCUUUGAACACAAAUUGUAAAAGAGUCAAGCUAUUAAACUGAUUUGCUGUGCAUGCAGUGUACAAUACACUUUGAAAAACUGCCUAAAUACACUUAUCCUAUAGCCUGGAAUAAAAUAAGUAUGUAUU